CGGCGCUGCACAAAAAGCGCCUGGUAGGCAGCCGCGCGGGCGCCGCUGGCUGCGCAGAAAUCGAAAACGCAUAGGACCCGGCCCGCCGCGCGCCGCCGGGCAGCCAUUUGGACGCGCCUGACAGACACAAGAGCACCACUGGUCUGGGCCACCGGUAGCCAUGUUCAGCGCCGCGGAGCUCAAAGCGGCCAAGGACAAAGCGAGGGAGGAGGCCCGCCUCAACAAGGCCCGCGGCCAGCAGCAGGAGAAGCACUGGUCCUGGCUGUUUUCCACGUUGUGGACGGGACUCCGGCGGAGCCCGCGACUCCACUUGAGUGUGCCAGAAACGGUGCUCUUCGAGGACGGCACGCCCACGAAAUGGUUAGGAACAGAUGACGACGGCUAUCUGAUAAGGAGGGACUUAGAACCCCCGGCCCUGAAGGCCGUGCGCGGGUCCAUGAGCGUCCCGAACGACGUGAGAGACGAGUUCUUCGCGUCGGAGCGCAUCAAGAUGUUCGCUCAGAAAUUUACCGAGGCCUGGAGGAGGGGAGGGGGCACCACGGAGCUGCAUAUGGAGGACGAAAGCGCCCCGGCCGUGUGCGUCGCCGAGUACUACGAUGGUGUUAGGGAAGAUUUAAAUGUGAAGCAGCUCUUGUACCUCGGUUCGCACGCGCGCUGGCGCAUCCAAGUCGCCUCCUUGCAGUCGAAGGUCACGGCGCGACGGACCGCCUCCGGAUCAUUCAGGAGGAAUGCGAAACAAUCGCUCGCCCCGAGAGCCGAAGCCGCGGCACGAGCGGCGGCAGCCUUGGCCGCGGGCCAGCCCGAGCACGCGUCGCGGGACGACCUCGCCCACCUCGCACGAGCGCUCGCAAAAUUCGCCGAGUCGACUUAUGCUCCGGCCAAGUCCCGACUGACGGAGCUCGACGACGAGGACAUCGGUCAAGCGACGGUCGAAGAUUUGGGGUUGGAGGUCGACGCGCUGGACGUCGAAGCCUCCGUUGAUGGACGAGGCACGUUGUGGUUGGUGCGGUGCCCCGUCUGCCACAUCCGCUUCGUGAACCGAGCGCCCGCGCGCGUCGACGCCGAAGCGUUCGAGGCGCACGAGGCGACGAGGGAAGAAGCUAAAAAUGCAGGAAAGGAAUUGAUGAGAUUGCUCGCACUGGCAGCUAAAAGAGGCGUCGACAGUCGGGCCUCGUUCAAGCACUUCGAUCCCCAAGGGUUAGGAAGAGUCGACGUGGCUGGAUUGAUCACUGGAUUAGACUUACUAGGAACGAAGAUCUCGGACGACGCGGCAGCCUUACUCCAGGAGGACCUAUCUGGUUCUUCGAUACGAGGCUUCUCCGUGCAAGAUUUACAUAGAUUCAGUACGGACGGCCCGCGGCCGCGCAAGGAACCGAGUCGCGCGGAGCGGGAAGAUCUGCGGGCGACGCAUCAGCAAGAGGUUUCAGAAGGUUUGCGAUCUGUCCAAACUGCCGAGGACGUCGCUCUCCAGCGGGAGCGGACCAAAAGGUUACUAAACCCUCCAGUACAAGCGCCGAUGACUACUGGUUAUAUGGCCCGUUCUCAGGCGAAACAAGAGCUGUCGGAUAGUGAGUCGGAACUGAAGACAAGGAAGCGAGCACCACUAGCCCUCUCGAAGAAGGAGAUAAGGGAGCGCUGGGGCGGCGACUUCCUCUCUCUCCCGGAUACGAGGAACCAGUCGCGGAAAGCUCUGGCGGAAUUGCGGAACGCGGCGAAACGACGACGGAAACGAUUAGCGGAAGAGCGCGAGGAGGAGGAGGUGCGGCUGGCCGAGGAGCAACGACGCCUCGAGAAGCGCGGUCCCCAGGUCGAGGGCCCGGCCCCCGCGCCCGACGACGAGAGUGUGGAUGAGUCCGAAGAAGACGAAGAUUCCUCCGAGGACGAGCAGACGAAGAAGUCGGCGUUAGCUGAAUCAGUAUUCCCUUUACCAGACAUGUUAAGUAACGAGGACGAGUUCUACCACGUGCAACAGGGCGUCGUGUGUACCUACAGGUACUUGGUGGGAGCGAAGCACCCAGCUCCCUCAAAUCUGGGCACGGCUACGUAUCUAGAGCAGGCGAAAGCAUUAAUUGACUCCGAAGCGAUCAUGGAUCGAAAUAAUAGGCCCAAAAAUCUUCCCAGCGUGACGAAUAAACCGAUGCGCUUUUUACUGGUCGUAGCUCCGGACAUCUUCAUGACGCUCGACGCGUUGCAGCGAGAUUUACGACCGUUGCUGUCAAGACCCGACGCGGUCGGCGACGCUCUGUUAGUGGGUACGCCCGGCUUGCCGCAUACGGUCUGGCCCGCUGGGAGAUUCGGUGCUAGAAAGUUGGGGAAUGUGAACAAUUCGUUACAAGCGACUUGUGUGGAACAGUUGCUCGUGCAUCUGAAGAACCGCGACCGCCUCCCGCGAGACAAGGACCUGCGAAUUAUUUUCCUGGGCUUUGGGAACGGCGCGUGUUGCUUGGCGAAGUUCGCUUCUCGUCAUUUGACGGAACGGGCCCAAGCCCUGGCAGAUGUGAAGUCAAGUACUGUAGCGAUGAUUCUGGUCAAUGCUUAUUUCAGCGCGAACGGCCUCAAGAAGAAGGCCAAGACCCUCCAUCGCGUGCUCGCGUCGGCCGUGAAGGCGGAACGCGUCAUGGCUAUCGAGUCUAUGCACCUCUCCCCAGAGUUUAUAAAUGAGCACGGUCGCGAGAAGGUCUGCAAAGAGUUCUGGCAGGCGCGCAAAUUCGUCAUCGUCGGCGAGGCUCCUGAGGAACUCAUAAAAUCAGCAAGAAGACCGGCCAAGGAGACGGGCCCCCAGGGCGCCAUGGCGCAGCUGCGAGGCAUCCUAGAUCACGACGAUGUGCGACCUGUGUUAAACCGUAUUGUCGUGCCUCUCGUGCUGUUACAGUCGUCUCACUCAACCUUUGUCGAUAGUGAUCUAGCGGUCAAUGCCUUAGAGAAGGCGCGCGUCGACCGGGCUCCGUCGGCGGCGUCUGCCGUCAGGACGGGAGGCACCAUCUACUCUUACGAGGAAGUGGACUGCGGCCACGAGAUGAACCAGGAGAACCGGAAAAUCAUCGCGACGACGGUCUUUGACGUCCUCAGGGCGUCCGUCGACGAAGAAGAGGAGACUACCGUAGUCUCCCUUGACGACCCGCCAAAGUCCUUCCUGAGCUACGCGUCGGCGCCGGCGCCCGCCGCGCAGGACCAGGAGGUCGUGGCCGCCUUACGGCGAGCUCGAGAGCGCGAAGAAUUGGAGAAGUCCAUGGCCGCGGCUUUGGAUGCCGAGGAUUCGCGCGUCUCGACGGCCCAACCUGUUGAGUCGUCGUCCAGUAGUUCGGACGAGGAGUACGUCGAUUCCGACGCACUAAGUGAAGAUGAAAUGACCGUCGACUCGCAGGGCGUCGAGAAGAAAAAACGGCGGAGACGAGCCAACAAAGGUUCGAGCGAGAAGCGUCGGAAGCGCGCCGAGAAGCGGCGACUGGCGGCCUUACGGAAAGCCGAAGCGGCCGAGAACAUCAAGACCGCGGAACGGGAAGAACGUUUUUCGAUGCGGUACGAGGACUUUCGGAGCCGCGAGGUGCGGAAGGACGAGCAUCGCUUAGCUGUAUACUUGGAGGGCGCCGAUCGCGCGUUAGACAAGGCGGACUACAUCCUGGAGCAGCGCGACGAGGAGGAAGCCGUGAAGCUGAGACACGAGCAGGGCGUGGUUCGCACUUCACUCAAAAUGGAACGGCGGGAACGGGAGCGGCAGGAGGAGGAACAAAUGCUCGUCGAAUGUGUGAAACUCGAUGGGGAGGCUUCUGGCGGGUAUUUGAGCGGUGGUCUGGAUCGGUUUGUAAGAGGUUCGACCGCGAAAAAGGACUCGCGGUGCCCGCCGAUGCGGGAGAUCCGCGAAAGCGCCAUGCGCAUGACGCAAGAUUUGUUUGAGGCUCGUUCUCGGUUAGUGUUGGCCUUGCAACAGUGUCUACAGCUCGAAGACGUGGUCAAACAAUUUAGUAAGUCCGCGGAGCGGGCGGACCACGAGGCGCGAAAACUGCAGAGAACGCUGCGAUUGCUAGAGUCGAAUCGGGGCCUGAAAGGCGCACUGGCGCCGAAACAGACCGAAAUAGACGAGAUGCGCCGCGCCCACGAGCUCAAGGUAGCUGAGUAUCAGUCUACAAGUGAUGUGCUCGCCAGUCGCGAGAGGAAGUUGCGACUGGCGAAUCGCAUCGCCCAAGCCUUGAAGGUAGUGGUAGAGAAGAAGGAGCAGGCCGCGCAAAUCUUAGUGGCGGCUUUGGAUCGACUGGGCCGGAUGUUACGAACAAGAAGGGGCCAGAAGCGCCUGGAGAAAACGGAAAAGGAGAGAAACGCCGUGGAGCAGCGCAAGACCAUCAAGCAAGCGAAGGAUCGCUUGGCCAAAGUCGACAUCGAAAUUGGAAGGGUCAAGGGUCACACGGCCGAGUUCGUGAAUUCGGAUCUGUGGAACCCCGGCGUCCUGCAGCGCAUGGCCACGAAAGAUCUGAAGCAUUCGCUCAAUAAGGAACAGUUGGCGUUGGAGCGACGUGUCAGGGAUCUCGAUCGCACGUUAAAACAGUCGGAGCGAGAUCUGCGAGCUUCCAAUAGAGAUCUGAGGGCCUUGGACGGCGAGGCCGCGACCGUCGAGGACGUCAUGAAUGCGGUGGUGGACGCCCACAAGGAAGCGACCGGAAGAUCCGUCAUGCAGGAAUUAAAAGAUAUGAUCCAGGAGCAGGAACGCGCCGCAAAGCUCGACGAAGAAAGGGCAGCAGAGGAGAAUUUGCAGAACAAGGCCAACAAAACAGGGCAAGGUGAUUGUGUGGCGAUGCGUGUGAGGCAUAUGAAACCAGCAGAACGUUCGAAAGAUGAAAAAAAAUGGGUUGCUUUAGAUGUGCUGAUUAAUCCGAUCGCGUACGGCCACGUGUCCGAGCAGGAGGCCGAGGAGAUGAAGUACGAUGCGGACUACGCGCCGACGCUGCCGCCCGAGGACAUCGAGCGGAUCCUGGCGCUACCGAGGGUGUUGCAGUUAGCCUUACCGUUUCUUUUUUCUGACCAGGAGAUCGAAGCUCACCGACUGCUGUGCAUGUAUACCCACGAAGAGGGGGAGGCGCACUUUAGAAGCUUAGAUAAGACGGGGCGCGUGUUGGAGGGCGGUUUGCAUCAACGUAGAGUUACGUCUGUGGACCACGAGGACCCGCUGCGACGCGAGUCGACGCAAACACCAUCGAACAGAUCCUUUGGGGCACAACAAAAAACUGCGGCAUUGCUCGACAUUGUACUAAGGGAGAGGCGUCUGGCACGGCUACGGUCGAUGCAGGCGAUCGAGCUGAGUGAGGACGAGGCCCGCUACUUAGUACUUGACAGAUUGUUACAUCCUGAGUUGAAUUUCGCGCCCCAAGCCAGUGAUAAGGAUGCGGACGACGACGCGCGGGCCUUGGAGCUGCUCGAAGAGGCCCAUUCUUCAGCUGGAAUGGACGCUACCGUAGGCCUGAACCAGGGAGAUGAAUAUGUCGCACAGCGUAAAAUGUACGAGCAGGGCGCCACGGACGUCGAGUUACAUUUCGCGACGAAGUGGUUCCCCUACCGCAUCAACGGCGAAGCACACACUAGAGAAACGUUACUAGAGUUGGUCGACGCCGUGCCACCGCUGGCGUUCGAGCCGGACGAAGAAGUUAGAUUGCUACUCGAGGAGUUUUACGUCGACGGUCGGGUCGACACGCACGGGCGGCGCAGGAAAGGCGCGCAGAAACAGCUCGACAAGCAGUUCAAUAGGAUCGCCCAAGAUAGAUAUGAUAGGAAACAGCGCGAUUUAACGGACUUUCCCGAGGAAAGUUCGCUGGAAUCGCGACGGUCUCGAGGUAGUUUUGAUGAUGACGGGACGCUCGAAGAUGGUCUUGUUGGUGGUGAUCCGCUACAGAAUGUAGCUAUAGCUCGAGCGGAGCGCUUUGGCUCUGACGACGAUGAGUCGACGGUGACCAUUGCCAAACCACCAGUGACUGUUGUAGAGAGUGUAGAAAAGUUGAACGAACUAAGACCGAAGCCGAAAGACCCCCAAGCUGUCUUAUUUGAAUACGAGGGCAAACGCGCGUCGUUGUUAGAUGAAAAUGAAAGUCUCGAAACGCGAGAAUCGCGGACGCAUCGGUUCGUCGUACCCGAGGAAACGGAUAGGAAGUUCCUAUCACUUACCAUAACUGUUGUUUACAGGGGAGUUUUUACAGCAAGAGGCUAUCGACUCGGAAGGAUUGCCGCUACGUUGUUUCGCCUACCUACGAAGGGCCAAUUAUCGCCACCGAUACCUAUCGGGUAUGCGCCCUACUCCUCGCAACAGUUGAACACGGGCACGACCUUCGGCAAGACCGUGCUCGUGCAUGAUCCGAGUGAAAAGCCUCUGAAAAGUGGAGUCUACAACGUCGUGUUAGGUGCAGCUUCAGCAACUAAAUACAGUAUUACCGUCGAAGCCCACGCCGUGCGGACGGCGAAUGCGGAAUUAGAUGCACAACACAAGCGCGGUGUGGAGAUCCAAGAGAGGUUGAAAGUUUGUAGGGUCGCGACCGACGAUCUCUGGACGUCGAUGCGCCUCGGCGAGCGGAAAGUGCUCGUAGUGCAAGGCUUGAUGGACGAGGCCGAGGUCGAGUCCAGUCGUUGUGAAGGCGAGACGGAGCGGUGCAACCAGGAGCUGCAGAUCGACGACGAGCGCAUGGAGAUGACGGACGAGCAGUCGCGGGCCGUGUCUUCAAGUUGUACUUCAAUUUGCGGUGUGUCGGGGUUUGGGGGAGGUGUUACGCUCUCAAUACGGUCGCGUGGGGCGCUCGGCGGUCGUGUCCGAGUUUGAGCUGAAGACAUCGGUGCCGAGACAGCGAGGAACGCGUCGCGUCGAUGGCGUGGGACGACGCGCUCCGACGCCGUCGACGUCCACACAGGCGCAAGGCCCUCUACACGCAAGUAAGAACUCUAGAAGUGGAGUUCGCGCACUGGUGCCGCCUCUUCGCGUCUCGUUCUCAAGAACGCGUCGACCUGCUGAAGGGUUUAAGGGUAUUGAGAGAGGAACGCCGGAAACGCUUGGAAGAAAUCGAAACGCUGAGCAAAGAGCUGACCUGGCUCCAGAAGCACGCGCCGAGCGCGGCGGGCCUCGUGCAGGGCAUCGACGCGGCGACCAAAUCAGCGCUGUUAUUGAAUACGACGUUCGAGAACAUCAAGUCCGACGCCGCGACGAAGGCGAAGUGGAAGAAACUGGCCUCCGUCAAGGGCCUCGUGACGUCGAUGAUGACGCCCGCCGAGGAAGUCCGUAGAAGGCACCGCCAGGAGGGCUGGAACGCCCUCACUUUACCGGAGCAGCAGUGGGCCGUCUUGGACCGCAUCCGCGAGCCGCUGAAGUACGGCUGGUUAGCUGAUCAAGAAGCAGCUGAGGACUUAGAUCGAGAGCGGAAGAACCUGAAGCCGCUGAAGCGGAAGCUGCCCCGCGCGUGUCGCGGCAUGGCGGGCUACGCUAAAGGAGAAUUAGAUAGGGUGGCAGCAUGCACCUUUGACAAGCUCACAAGACAAGAGAGAGGUGUCUGGAAGCUCAUGAAGCGGUUCCACAACGACCCCCAACUACUGGUGGAUCGGAGGAAGGUCGGCCCCGAGGGCUUUGACCCCGAACUGGCCGGUAACUGUAGGUUCAAGCACCCGCGGUCCUGGACGAAAGAAGAAAGGGAGUGGGCGUCGCUGGACAAGAUCCUGAACCCGGAGCUCUGGCACGGCCUCAAACUAAGAUCUAUGAAGGACCAGUCGCAGGAGACCGCGGACCAGCUGCAGUCGUAUCUGAAGCCCGCCGACUGCAUCAAGGAGACCAUUGACCCGGAGGACGUGCCCCCGCCCUCCGUCGCGAAGAAGAAGUCCAUGUUCGGGCGCAUGGGCAACUUGUUCGGGCAGGUCGUUUCCUCUGCGUUAACUACUACUGUUGACGAUGCUGCCAGACUAGCGACGGAGGAGGGUCGCGAUUGGAAUUGUCCCCUCUCGAGACCGCAGAUCAUGGAGGUCUGGGCGGCCGCUCGGCCGCAGGCCGCCUGGGACGCGGACCGCUGCAAGGCCCACGUGUUGCUGAAGAAGUAUAAUGGGGAUUUUGCGGAGUUUUUUGCUAUUCAAAAACAGCAGCUCCAACAGCGGUCUCGCGAGGCCGCCGUCGGCCAGCAGAACCGCCUCGCGCGGGACUUUGAAAAAGUAAGUGUCGAAACGGACCUUGAUGCUCGCUGUCGCCAGCUCCAGUCGGAGAUGGACAAAGCUGUGCACAAUUCGAACCCGGAGAUGAACUCGUCGGUCUUGCACGGCGGCGUGCCGCAGCGCUAUCCUACGACGGUGCUGCGGUUGGAGCUCGAGAGAGAACUGGAUAGUCUACUGAGAGAGCAGGUCUACGAGCGAGAGAGAGCUACUCGCUUCUUACUGGAGCAGGAGGACCCCGACGCGGCCUUCGAGACCGAUAGCAGCGACGAGGAAGAGAAGGAGAAGAGGACUGGAAUUAGAAAACCUGAUCAUGUGAGCAAGAACGUCUUCCAGCAGCGCAAGGCGGCUCUCGCCGAGGCCGGCAAGGACGAAGCGACCAAAAUGCUCGAAGCCGAGCUACAAGCUCUAGGACCCAAGGCUUGUUUAGGCUGUCGCAAGCCCGUGUGCGAGUGGACCUCGUCCGUCGACUGGGACCAUGUGAAGCAGCGACGACAACAAAUUAGUGAUGAGCUGGUUUACGUGAGGAUGCACCCCGACGUGAAGGUGCUCGAGAGUUACGUGCCUCUGUCGGCGGCUCGCGGGGGUAAUCCGAACUUUCGGCGGGACGAUUUGCUGUAUGAGUUGACCUGGGAGGACAAGCAGCUGGCCAUGCGGUCUCGCUUGGAUGCUCUCGACAGGGAGUUACAUGACGCCCACGCGACGAACAAGGAGUACAUGGAGGUCAAGGCCUUACAUGGCUACGCGACGAUGAUGUGGACGAACAACGUGAGUGCCGCCGUCCGGACAUGGCCCUUCAACUUGUCUCGCGGCGAUGGCGUCUUGGUGAGGCCGCGUCGCCGCGAAGCCGUCGCCGCGACGCCGUCGACGCGGCCGCAUGAGAGUGCGGCAGUUUCGCGACGGUAUCGUUCACACGCAGGCGCGCCGCGCGCUAGAAAGGGAACGUAAUCGCUACGUGGCCAUGGUCGUGGCCUCCGAUAUAGUAGAUGAUGCUUUAGAAUGGAUGUUGGAGGGCUGGCACUUUGGGGAGCGGGAGUCGCGGUAUUCCGUGGCGGGCUACGUGCCAUCGCUCAAGUCCGACGGGUUCGUGCGGGCCGGGAGUGACCAGGUCCUAGCCCAGGCCGACGCCGAAGAUCGAGCCGCCAAACGAUCAAAUGAACAGCGAGACGAAGCGGUCACAGGUUCGCCGCGAACGAAGGCCGAGAAGAUCGAGCGGAACGCGCAAUUCAGACUAGGCACGGAGAAAGUGGCGAAAGAUGGGAACGACCACGAGAAGCACCUGGAUUUUACGGAGACGACGCUCAAAUUCGGGCUGUUCUGUAUUACUCUGAUGUUCUUUAGAGCGAUGUCUCUGGUCAGACGAGAACGCGACACCUUCAGUGGCACGCACGACGCGAUUACGUCGGAAGGCAACCCCCAGAAACCGACCGAAGAACGACGCAAGAUGCGCCGCGAAAAGGCCCUGCUCGAAGAACGGCAAAAGAAGAUGCAGCACGUGCUGAAUCGGGCCAAAGUCGGCGAGGAGCGCACUAGAAAACGCUUGGCCAAGGAGCGGGCGGAAGCAGCCUCGAAACUCCAUGAGAAGGUCCGGCGCGAGAAGCGCGAGCUCCAAGCCUGUGCCAAGCUCCAGGCCUUCUACCGCGGCCAUCUCGGCCGGAAGGCGGCGCGGCGAUGGGCCGUGAAGCGCGCGGAAUUGGAGGCGAUGAACGCCUUGAUGACGGCGUCCGCGAUUACGAUCGAACGUGUUUUCAGAGGCUACAUGGGCCGCAUCGCGGCUUCUGUUGCGCGCAUGGAGAUGGCCGAGUUCAUCAGUAUGAUCCGGCUGGAGGAGGCCCAGGCCGACGAGGACGAGUACUGGCGGACGCACGGCUGGGCGCGCUUGAAGCGGAACGUCAUGAUGUUCGUGCGCGCGACGUUCGAGCGCAAGGCGGACGUGGCCGAGGAGGACAUGAAGAUGAUCCAGUCGCUUACCGCCGCCAUGGACGAGGACUAGUUGUUCUCUGCCGCAGACUCACUUGCUGCCUCGCCGGCGUCGUCGUCGCCGCGAUGAUGCUUCGUCGACGUCUCGCGGGGGCUGGGAUUAACCGCACUGUUUGUUUACUUUCCCCGGGUUGCUCGGCGACGUCGUGUUCAUUCAGUUUUCUUAGUAGUCCUA